CUUAACGUUUCCCGCCACAAUGACGCGCCACAGUUGACGAUCCAAUUACAUUCUGUUGUCUCCCCGAGAGCGUCUUGGUCCUUUGACUGCAUCGAAUGCCGCGAUGGCUGUCUUGUUUCCCCUCGAGACCGUCUCAGUCACUCGAAAUCGAUACGGCAGGUAGACUUCCGGGCUGCGUGUUUUGUCAUGUCUCCGUAGAGAGAGGUUUCGCUGUGGUCCACGAGGACGAAUGUCUGAUAGCUUUCAAGGACAGAUCUCCUCAAGCUGAGACGCGUCUCUUGAUCAUCCCGAAGACUCACAUCGCAUCGUCUGUGCGAGACCUCAGGUCAAGUCAUGUUCAAUUAGUCAAAGGGAUGGUAGAUCUCGGUCAUCGGCUCAGCCCGGCGGAAGACUCCAACAUGGGCUUCCACAUCCCACCCUUCUCGUCCGUGCCCCACCUUCAUCUUCACGUUAUGUCCGGGCGUCGGACAACCCUGGGCAAGCUCAAAUACCCGGUUGCCCAGCGCAACGGAGGCAAAGGAUGGCCGUGGUUCGUGACAGCUGAUCAGACGCUCGAUAUACUUGAGCAAGGAGGCACGAUAGGGGUAGGAAAAAGCUGAAGACC